UCAUAAUAAUUAAUAGUAGUAUAAGCUCGGAAACUUGAUCACUUGAGGGCUUAGAGAUGAGUAUGGAGAUAGAUAUCUACCAGAAAGAGAAUGAGGAUCAGUAUGUUGAUUGGAAAGGAAGAAAGGAAAAUUUUAAAAUCCAUGGUGGAAUUAGAGCAGCUGCCUUUGCAUGUGUUGUUGAGGUCUUGACCAACAUGGUGUUCUUAUGCAAUGCUAGUAACUUUGUCACACACUUCACUAAAUCAAUGCAUUACCCGCCAGCUAAAUCAGCAAAUAUGGUCACCAAUUUCAUGGGUUCCUCUUUUAUGCUCACUAUAUUGGGAGGCUUUAUCAGUGACUCACUCUUCACUAGAUUCACAACCUUCGUCCUUUCCUGCAUGAUCGAGUUGCUGGGAUUAAUCUUGCUGACAAUCCAAUCACAAAGCACAAGGUUGCGGCCGGCGUUGAAUCUUAAGCCUUCUCAGUCUCAAGCAGCAAUUCUGUACACUGGCAUUUAUGCCGUUGCUGCAGGUGCUGCUGGAAUCAAUGCCAACUUACCUGCACAUGGUGCUGAUCAGCUUGAUCACAGUAACCAGAGACAGAUCUCUUCCUUCUUCAACUGGUUUUUCUUUUCCUUGUAAACUGGGGGACUCAUUAGCGCAACUGUCAUGGUCUGGGUGGAAGAGAACAAAGGUUGGAAUUGGAGCUUUCCCAUAACAGUUAUAGUUUUGAGCUUUGCACUUAUUCUUUUCAUCAGUGGAAGUCCAAUCUACAAGCACAAACGACCUACUGGGAGUGCAUUAACAAGGAUCAUCAAGGUACUUACUACUGCUGCUCGAAACUGGAAAGCCGCACCGGACGAGGGAUUGGGGAACCAGCAUGCAGUAGCUGCACUCAACCUGAACAGAGCCGAUGGUGAUCACAAGUUUAGGUUCCUGGACAAAGCAUUAAUAGACAACAGUGUCAAUGCAGCUGAAGUAAAGGAAGCAAGAACUUUCCUUGGCUUUUUACUUAUAUUUGCAAGCACAAUCAUGAUGAACUGUUGCCUUGCUCAACUUCAAACAUUCUCUGUGGUACAAGGGAGCAUAAUGAAUAGAAAACUACAUAACUUUGAAAUUCUGACUCCGUCAUUAACAGUAAUCCCUCUGAUCAUCAUGCUAUCCUCCAUUCCCCUAUACGAACGAUUGAAUUCUGUGAAAAACAUCAUUUUCAAACCGCUCUGGAGGAUCGGACUAGGGCUAGCACUAGCAUCAGGCUCAAUGGCGAUAGCUGCUCUAGUCGAAGCUAAGAGGCGCAGAGCUGCUGAUAACAAUGUGAUAUCAAUGUUUUGGCUCGGGUGGCAAUUCUUGUUCCUGGGAGUGUCUGAUAUGCUCACUCUUGGAGGAAUGCUCGAGUUCUUUUACUCUGUGGCACCUAGCAGCAUGAGAAGUAUGUGCACUGCUUUAUCAUGGUGCUCAACAUCAAUGGGGUACUUCUUGAGCUCAGUGCUGGUUUCCACAGUAAAUUCAGUUAGUGGAAGAUAUGGGAAAGAGUGGCUUGGAGGAAUGAAUAGGAAUCAUGGGCGCUUGGAUCUGUUUUACACACUUCUGAGCAUUCUCAACUCUCUCAAUUUUCUGAACUACAUGUAUUGGGCCAAGAGGUAUUAG